AUGAGUGUGCAUCGUGAGGAAGAGGACAGAUCAGAGGCCCCUGCACCCAGCUGUCUGUCUCUGAAGAGCAAUCAGUCCAAACAUCCUCCUCUAGUAUUCAGUAAUGAGCCAGGACCCUCAGACACAGAACAGUGUCUCACCUCAUUCUGGGACCAGUCUGGUUCAUCAGAGGACUCCUCCUGUCCCCAGUGUGGAAAAAGAUCCAGAACGAGACCUGGACUGCCGACAGCCAGUGAGACCAUCACUUUACCAACAGAUCGUGGUCUGCAGGAGGUUUUAGAUCAACAUAAGACCAGUCUGAGGAGGAGAUGUGAGCGUGUGACUGAAGGAAGUGAGGAAACAGGAAGUAGAACCCUCCUCAACAGGAUCUACACUGAGCUCUACAUCACAGAGGGACAGAGUGAAGAGGUGAACACACAACAUGAGGUGAGACAGCUGGAGACCGCCUCCAAGAAGAAGAUCCUCCAGGACACUCCCAUCAAGUGCAAGGACAUCUUCAGAGCCUUACCCGGUCAACAGGAACCAAUCAGAGUGGUUCUGACAGUCGGCGUCGCUGGUGUUGGAAAAACCUUCUCAGUGCAGAAGUUCACUCUGGACUGGGCAGAGGGCUCGGAGAACCAGGACCUCAGUCUGGUGGUUCUGCUUUCAUUCAGGGAGCUGAACCUGAUCAGGGGGAAGCGGUACAGUCUCCUCCAGCUGCUCCAUGAGUUCCAUCCAACAUUACAGAAGGUCCCAGCAGAGACGCUGGCUGUCUGUAAACUGGUGUUCAUCUUUGACGGUCUGGACGAAAGCAGACUGUCUCUGGAUUUCAACAACACUCAGGUUGUGUCUGACGUCACACAGAGCUCAUCCAUAAACCUGCUGUUAACAAACCUCAUCCAGGGGAAUCUGCUCCCCUCAGCUCUGGUCUGGAUCACUUCUCGACCCGCAGCAGCCAAUCAGAUCCCUCCUUCACGCGUUGACAGGGUCACAGAAGUCCGAGGCUUCACUGACGCCCAGAAGGAGGACUACUUCAGGAAGAGGAUCAGUGAUGAAGAUCUGUCCAACAGAAUCCUCUCACACAUCAAGACCUCCAGGAGCCUCCACAUCAUGUGUCAGAUCCCGGUCUUCUGCUGGAUCACUGCUACAGUCCUGGAGCACAUGAUGAGCACAGAGCAGAGAGGAGAGCUGCCCAAGACCCUGACUGACAUGUACUCACACUUCCUGCUGGUCCAGACCAAGAGGAAGAGGAAGAAGUACGCUGAGGGUCCUGAGACCAGUCCUCAGGAGCUGAUGGAGGCUGACGGGGAAGUUCUCCUGAAGCUGGGCCGGCUGGCGUUUGAACAUUUGGAGGAAGGAAACAUCAUGUUCUACCAAGAAGACCUGGAGCAAUGUGGUCUGGAUGUCACAGAGGCCUCGGUGUACUCAGGACUCUGUACAGAGAUCUUCAAAUCAGAGUGUGUGAUCUUCCAGAAAACAGUCUACUGCUUUGUUCAUCUGAGCGUUCAGGAGUUUCUGGCUGCAGUCUACAUGAUCCACUGUUCCACAACCAGGAACACAGAGGCACUGAAGGUUUUACUGAAGGGACAAGACAGGAACACAGAGGCACUGAAGGUUUUACUGGGGGAAGAAGACAUGGAAGAUGAACACACAACCAGGAACACAACAGCACUGAUGGUUAUCCAAACAGAGGACAAAGACACCAGUGAUCAGCAGAACACAACACUGGAUGUCCUCUUGAGGAGCUCCCUGGAGCUAUCCUUUCAAAGUAAGAAUGGUCACCUGGACCUGUUUGUCCGCUUCCUCCAUGGACUCUCUCUGGAGUCAAACCGACAAGUCUUAGGAGGCCUGCUGGGCCCGGCAGACAAUGAUCCAGAAUUCACCCGAUGGGUCAUCUACAGCCUGAAGGAGAUGAGGAGUGAUGAUAUGUCUCCUGACAGAAGCAUCAACAUCUUCCACUGUCUGACGGAGAUGAAGGACCUCUCGGUCCAUCAGGAGAUCCAAGACUUCCUGAAGUUAGAGAACAGAUCAGAGAAGAGUCUCUCUGAGAUCCAGUGCUCUGCUCUGGCCUACAUGCUGCAGAUGUCAGAGGAGGUUCUGGAUGAGUUGGACUUAGAGAAGUACAACACAUCAGGGGAGGGACAACUGAGACUGAUUCCAGCUGUGAGGAACUGCAGGAAGGCUCGACUUUCUAACUGUAACUUGUUGGACACUCACUGUGAAGUUGUGGCCUCAGCUCUGAAGUCCAACCCCUCACAUCUCAGAGAGCUGGACAUCACUUACAACAAGCUGGAGGACACACAAGUAAAGCUGAUAUCAACUGGUUUGGAGAGUCCAAAUUGCAGACUGCAGGCUCUGAGAUUGCCAUGCUGCUGUUUGUCAGAGAUUAGCUGUGAUUCUCUGGCCUCAGCGCUGAAGUCCAACCCCUCCCACCUGAGAGAGCUGGACCUGAGUACAAACUUAGUGUAUGAUUCAGGAGUGAAGCUGCUCUGUGGUUUUCUGGAGAGUCCAGACUGUAGACUGGAGACUCUAAGAUUGAAGAGCUGCAGUUUGUCAGAGAUUAGCUGUGCUUCUCUGGCCUCAGCUCUGAAAUCCAAUCCCUCCAAUCUGAGAGAGCUGGACCUGGGUAGAAACAAACUGCAGGAUUCAGGAAUGCAGUUGCUGUGUGGUUUACUUGGGAAUGCAAACUGCAGGCUGGAGACUCUGAGAUUGUGGGACUGCAGUUUGUCAGAGAUUAGCUGUGCUUUUCUGGCCUUAGCUCUGAAGUCCAAUCCUUCCAAUCUGAGAGAGCUGGAGCUGGGUAAAAACAAGCUGCAGGAUGCAGGAGUGGAGCUGCUGUGUGGUUUUCUGGAGAAUGCAAACUGCAGGCUGGAGACUUUGAGGUUAAGUCUUUGCUGUUUGUCAGAGACCAGCUGUGCUUCUCUGGCCUCAGCUCUGAAGUCCAACCCCUCCCACCUGAGAGAGCUGGACAUGAGCGAAAACAAGCUGCAGGAUACAGGAGUGGAGCUGCUAUUUGAUUUUCUGGAGAGCCCACACUGCAGACUGGAGACUCUGAGAUUAAGAAUCUGCAGUUUGUCAGAGAGCAGCUGUGCUUCUCUGGCCUCCGCUCUGAAGUCCAACCCCUCCCAUCUGAGAGACCUGGAGCUGAGUAAAAACAAGCUGCAAGAUUCAGGAGUAAAGCUGCUGUGUGGUUUUCUGCAGAGUCCAGUCUGCAGACUGGAGACUCUGAGAUUAAGACUCUGCAGUUUGUCAGAGACCAGCUGUGCUUCUCUGGCCUCAGCUCUGAAGUCCAACCCUUCCCAUCUGAGAGAGCUGGACCUCAGUGAAAACAAGCUGCUGGAUGCAGGAGUAAAGCUGUUGUGUGGUUUUCUGCAGAUUUCCACCUGCAGACUGGAGAAUCUGAGAUUGAGUUUCUGCAGUUUGACGAGCGGUGCUUCUCUGGUCUCAACUCGGAAGAGCAACCCCUCCUGUAUGGAAAAGCUGGAGCUGAGUGCAAACGAGCUGCCAGAUUCAGAUCUGAAGCAGCUGUCUGACCUCCGGGUGGAAGUAAGAGUCAUUUGCAGAGCAUGAGUGCACAGAAAAGUGUUGGGAUCAGCCCAUGUGCAUCAAAGACUUUGGGCUUGUGCAGAGAAAAAAGCCUUUGAAGACCAGUUUUUGGGGGAAAAAAGGAGAAGAAAAGACUGCAAUGGACCUCAGUAUCCCAGAAUGCUUUGUGGUAGUUGACACCUUACAUGCCUCCCUGCCAUGAAGAAGCCGAAUGCAUCUGCAGACAAACACUUUUGUUUCCACACUUCAAUUGCUUACAGAGCCGUUUGUGUUUAAGAGGCGUUUGUCUGGAGAUUUUAGCUUUAAAACUGUUGAAACUGCUUCAUUGAGGGACCUCUAAGUCAGAGACUCUCAAACACUGCACUACAGGUCAGUAAGCUGUCUUUAUUGGUUCAAAGUCCAGGGCCACAGCAGGGGACACAGGAUCUGUGUUCAGUUGUUCGGUUUCUGGAAACAGAGCAGGUUUAUCUGAGUGACUGGAGCCGCUUAGUUUUUUCCUCCCAAAGCACACACAUCUCCCCGCCGAUGGUUCACACACAGAUUCACACUACGUACAAAGAUUAGCUUGAUCCGUGCAGAGUGUUCGGUUGACUCUACCACACUACUUACCAGAUUACCCGUAAAGAUGGAUGCUGCUUCGUUCAACUGUUACAGUUUAAAGAGAAUUGUUUGUGAUUUUUUUGUGAACAUGCAUUGUUACCAUAGAUAAUUAUGAAGGUCAGUGAUCAGAUGUAUAACUAGUUUUUCACUUCUAGAGUAAAAUAUUGAUUUAUUAUAAGCAAUAUUAAUAUUAUUAAUGUUAUUAUCCUCUCGAUGGCAUUUUGAGGGCAUUAAAUGCUCAAAAACUCAUGAAAGUUUGCAUGUGCAUCAGGGCUGUUGAAAACUUUAUAUUUUAUGUGUCCAGUAUGGACAGGGCGAAUGGGCUCACUUGCACUCUCUAGCAGUUUCUGAAACUCCAGCCCCUCUCAGUAUUUCUACCUGAAGGAAACAUCUCUUUACACAUAUCCAGCUUUCUGAGACUUAAACAAAAAGUCUCAUGUUGUGGUGAAAUGUUAGAUAGUAUUUUGUACAUGUCUGUAUUUGUAAUGCACAAGAAAGAGCUGUCUCAGGUUAUUCUUCACUACCACCUUUCUUGUUUAACUGGAAGUACAGAUGCUACCUGGACUGUUUCUACUCUCUCCUGUUCCUCUAGUUCAGUGCCACAUGAACCUCCUUCACCGUGUUUUAGCUUUGAGACUCAUGUUUGAAUGUUGUCCAAAUAAAUUAAAGAAAUCAUCUACUCACUAA